AUGAGGGCCAAAGAUGUCGAUCCAGAUAACCCCUCUGCAUCUGAUCCAAAGCCCCCUCCUUCUUCUAUCAAACAUCCUCCGCGCCCACAGUCCAUCAGCGAGAACCCGUUUGCUGGUAACUCUGCCACUGCCCGACAAAAUAACGAUGUUGAGGCGUACGCUGGCGAUCUAAUAUUCGAAAAGGAUAGCCUCUGCAACGACGGCCAGAAACGCUCCCUUGAGAUCGCUGCGUGGGAUGCGUUGACGCCUGCCAACUUUGGAGCGAAGCGUCCAGUAUCUGCAAGAGAAAUUGCGACCUGGAGAGCUUAUAUCGGUCCCGACUUCUCUACGCAGCAGGACCGUAUAGUUGUUAGCUGCAAAGACACCAAGAACUGGUGCAGCACCAGGAUCGACGGCAAAUCAGUCGGCGGCUACGCCUGGACAAAGGAAACCUGGUUUGGGUCGUACCAGCACAUCACCCUAUGCCCGGUUUACUUUGGCCUCGACUCCCUCGAAGAAAAGUUCGAGAUGAUCGAGAAGGGUCUGGCGUCAGGUGAGACUAAGUAUGCCGAACAGGCAGAGUGGCAGAAGAACAAGGGCCAAUUUUUCUUACAUGAAAUGAUGCACCUCAAGGCCGUGGGCGAUCCUGACAUUGGCGACGAACGCGUCGAGGAGACUGGACGGGGACCAAUGGCAUAUGGUCCUCACCUAUACUUCUACGAUGCAACGGGCUAUUUCCCUAGGCCGCCGAAGUUUAGGGACAUUGCCGACAUCGACAACAUCUCGGCCGAGGAUGAAGAUCGUGCUCGAGAUAUCUUCCCCGUUUACCUCGGAGAAUCCCAGGGCGAUACCAGUGACGAGGAGGUCCAGAAACGUUUCCAAGCUGAGCUUGAUGGCAUGCGAACUGCCCCACCAACUACGACCAAUCCUCCCGCAGACUUAUGCAAGAGCGACAAUGACUGCUCUUCACCGCUAUGCGCUGGUGGUGGCGUUGUCUAUUCUUGCAUUCAAGGCACUUGCCAAUGCGGAUCCCCUGAGCCGCCGGCGCCGGCACCUAUUAACACUCCUCCUGCUGGCACAAGGUGUUAUGAAAACGUUUCGGAGGCUGAGUGUACGGGCAACUAUGAGUGUCCUAUUCGAAUGAAGCCUGGCAUGCCAUCCUCCAUGCCUGCUGAGGGAACAGCGAGCUGGGGCGAAAUGACGCCACUCGACCGUUGGCGCAAUUCGCCGCCCGACGAGGAGCCUGUGUCCUGGGACGCUAUCUCAAAGGCCAUCGGGAAUGGCGGCGUGUCAUAUGGCACCUCUCAGCGAAUCAUCUGCGGCAACACCUACGCCAAACUCACGGUAUCAGCGAUGAUGAAGGACUGGAAGGGGUGCCGUGGCCUGGAAGCGGCCGUUGCACUCCUGGUUGAGAACGCCAUGCCUCCGUAUCUCAUUGGUCUUGAAUCUAAUGACUUGGAACCCUUCAGCGCCUCGCAUAAGAACCAAGAGGGUUGUGGCCUUGAAGAAGGGCGCCCCUCAGUUCACCCAACGCGGUUCGAAAUGCUCACGGCACAUUUGGGGGAGUUUGUGAAGAUCAAAAAGGGUAGUGGCAUCUCUAUUACCGAUGAAAUGUUACAACGCGAGGCGAGGAUGAUACUCUAUGGAGAAGACGACCCGUGGAACCAGACACCGGCCGAUAACCCCGAAUGGCUCAAUCUAUUCAAGACUGGCUACGGCUUGUGCACGCCUUGGGGCCUACAUCCUGACCCUACUAUACUAUCGACCACGAACGAAGGAACAUUGGGGACGCAGACCGACGCGGAGGCUGCAGUCUUUUCACCUUUCACUCUAGAUAAGAUGCGCCAAGCCGCCAUGUCUGGUGGGACUAUCAACACCAUUAACUUCUGCGAGGCGGCCCAAUGGGACCGACCAGAGUGCAACCUACAGGUGCCCUUGGCUUGGCAGACACCCGAGUGCCUUGCAGAAUUCCGCUUAAUGGGCCUACUUCCGUCACUCUCGGGGACAGAUAUGGCCAUCAACUCGGUGAGUGCUACGGACAGUUUCGAUGUAACUUGCGGAAAGAAUCCUAGCAUGAGUGCCUACGAGAGUUCAUUCAUGAACUCCUGCACUACGGGUGUAUUCGCAGACCAGGAUGUGGCGCAUUCUACAAUCGUCGAGGGAGAUUUUGUCCCACACCUCGACAAACAUAGCCUCAUCGCCCUCCGAGCUACAUCCCUCCACUUCUCUAUUCUCGCCCUCCCCUACAUGGCCCAUCUCGUCGCGCACGAAACCCACCUUCCUUCGCCUUCAAAAGCCUACCUACCCCUUCUCGCCAAAUCCUGUCUCCACGAAACCAUGUCCUUACUCCUCUCCUUCAACCCAGCUCUUCAAGGCAGAACCGAAGACGGAGAAACUGCGCUGCAUAUUGCGGCGCGGAAAGGCUGCCUCAUCUGCCUCCGCCAGCUCAUCAAUUCGGGUAUGGAUGUCGACUGCGAGAACUCCAAAGCUUGGACAGCGUUGAUGGUGGCGGCUAGGUACGGUCAGGUUGAGGCGGCCGACGAACUAAUUCGGGCUGGUGCUAGAUGGAAGUUGCAUGUUCGCUGGUCGAUGCUGGAGCUAAUGUGA